GGGGCCGGUGCGCGCAGGCGCCUGGCGGAAGAGGAAGCGGAAGCGGAAGCGGCGCGGGAGGCGCUAAGAUGGCGUACCAGACCUUCCGGCAGGAGUACCUGCAGGUGCCGCCCGUUACGCGGGCCUACACCACGGCCUGCGUCCUCACCACUGCCGCCGUGCAAUUAGAACUGAUCACACCCUUUCAGCUGUAUUUCAACCCCGAAUUAAUAUUUAAACACUUUCAAGUAUGGCGGUUAAUCACAAACUACUUAUUCUUUGGACCAGUUGGCUUUAAUUUUUUAUUUAACAUGAUCUUUUUAUACCGUUACUGCCGAAUGCUUGAAGAAGGCUCUUUUCGAGGUCGGACAGCAGAUUUUGUAUUUAUGUUCCUUUUUGGAGGAUUUUUAAUGACUCUUUUUGGUCUGUUUGUGAACUUGGUUUUCUUGGGCCAGGCAUUCACAAUAAUGCUCGUGUAUGUAUGGAGCCGCAGGAAUCCCUAUGUCCGUAUGAACUUUUUUGGUCUUCUCAUCUUUCAAGCUCCAUUUCUACCCUGGGUAUUGAUGGGCUUUUCACUGCUUUUGGGGAACUCCAUCAUUGUGGAUCUCCUGGGCAUUGCUGUUGGGCAUAUAUAUUUUUUCUUAGAGGAUGUCUUCCCCAAUCAGCCUGGUGGUGGAAGGCUUCUGAGAACACCGUCUGUUCUGAAAGCAAUAUUUGAUACACCAGAAGAUGAUCCUAAUUACAAUCCCUUGCCAGAAGAACGACCGGGAGGAUUUGCAUGGGGAGAAGGUCAGCGCCUCGGAGGCUAAUACAAGUCUGUGCCAAAACCCAGUGACAACUGGGAGAGACUGACGUGAAUGAAGUACCAUACUGGGGACUCUCAUUCCCCAUCACAGAAAGGACACUUUUUGACAGCUCUCUGGUUUUGAAUACAAGCACUUUAUGAAAUGGCAGUCUAGUCCAAGACACUUCCAGGCUACCAGUGUCUUUCCCAGUCAGGGAAUUUGUUGUUGCUGGUAAUGAAAAUUUUUGGAGCCAAAAACCUAAAACUGGAAACCAUUUCCUGUCAACUUUAGUUAACAAGACCUUGAGUACUUCUUUAAAGUGAUUUCUAAGGCAUUUUUUUGAGCUAUUUGAUACAGGAAACUCUAUGGGAAACUUUACAGGGGACAAAACCAACUUUUUGGGGUUUUAACUCAUUUUUUAUUCUUGGAUAGAACAGCUACAAGAUGGUUGAAAGUCUAAGUCCCUAUUUCAGUGGCAAAAGGUUUUUUAUCUGAGAUGCUGUUGUCUCCAGUCGUGUUUGAAUUGCAAGAAAUACAACAUGUAGCAUAAUGCAGGCUUUUCGCUUUGCCAGUUGGGUUUCUAGAAUGUGCCUCUCUGAAAACACUUGCAGGCUGACACUACAUUUUGAUGGCUUUUCCCCCAAAUACUGUGUGUUCAGAUGACCAGGUUUGAGUCUGGGUGGCUUGUUGAAGUAGGUAGUUCAACAAAAUCCACCCCCACACAUGCAUACUUCUAACAGUUAUUAAAUGACUUGGAGCGCUAGGUAAGAAAAUUUGUCUGGAUUCAGAACUGCUGACAUAUCUCAGAUGGUGAGUGGAAUAAAAUGUCUUGUGGA